AUGCUACUUUUAUCUGGGUGCAGGUUUACACAGAGAUGUACAUUCUGUCCUCCUAGUGCCCCAGACACCGAUUAAAAGGGAGGAGCCUUGAACAAUUAAGAACCACAAUUUUCUGGUGGGUGUGCUUAUGUAUAUGUUUGGUUUAGAAAGAGACUUUCUUUCCUGCACUACUUAACAAAACGCCUUGAGCGGUAGGACCCAGAAGACCUUUAAAAUCUAUCAACACUCUUGGACAAGCACACCUCAAGAGACCUCAGCCAAAAAGGGCGUAAGAACCUUUCCAGAGCGAUUCAGCCGCGCUCUACAGAAGCUUAACGCUAAACCCAUUUAAAUUAGCUUCUGACACCUAACCGGAAAGUAGAAUGGGUCUUCUUGCCAGAACUUUUCAUAUAAGAGGUCUUAGUAACUUUUCUUUGUAACACUUGACAUGACAAUGUUUCUUGCGACAACGCGUUGAAAGUGAUUGAAGAGAAUCGUCCGGGAGCGCAAGAUGAGCGCAUCAGUAGCCGUAUGUAGGAAUAUCUACACGGAGGAUCGGUUCAGGCAGUUGUAUGGUACUGAAGGCAAGGGCAGGCGCAGUGAACGACUGCGGGAAAAACUGGCCAAGAGGUGCAGGUGCUCGCGGGCGGCGUGCCUCCACCUGCUGAGAGAGCGGGUCCCCAUUUUCAGCUGGCUGCCCAAAUACAGGCUGAGAAAGUGGAUAUUAGGAGAUACGAUAGCAGGAUUAACUGUUGGCAUCCUUCACAUACCUCAAGGAAUGGCAUUUGCCCUGCUGACUUCAGUAGCCCCCAUUUACGGCCUCUACACGUCUUUCUUUCCAGUCAUCCUCUACAUGCUCUUCGGCACGGGUCACCAUGUCUCCACAGGUACCUUUGCUGUGCUGAGCCUAAUGACCGGCUCUGUGGUGGAACAGCUGGUCCCCACACCUCUGCAGCUGAACAGCAGCAGCACGGAAGAGGCAGACUUCGAGGCGCAGAGGAUCGGCGUGGCCUCCGCGAUCGCCUUCCUGUCUGGAGUUAUGAUGAUCUGUAUGUUUUGUCUGCAGCUGGGCUUUCUGUCUACGUACCUGUCAGAGCCGAUAGUUAAAGCCUUCACGAGCGCCGCUGCCUUCCAUGUUACCAUCUCCCAGCUGCAGAGCAUGCUGGGACUCAGGCUGCCUCGCUCCACGGGGACCUUCUCUCUCUUCAAGACCCUGGGCUCCGUGCUGGAGAACCUGCCCCUGACCAACCUGGCCGAACUCCUGAUCUCCCUUGUCUGCCUGGUUGUCCUCGUGCCCGUGAAGGAGCUGAACACGCGGUUCCGGCACCGCCUGCGUACACCCAUACCGGUGGAGAUCCUCACUGUUAUCACCGCCACAGCAGUUGCUUAUGCUUUUUCAUUGGAUUCAAGAUACGACAUUGAGAUAGUGGGGCCCAUUCCAGCAGGCUUCCCGCAGCCUCGGCUGCCUGCUCUGGAUAAGCUUCCGCUGGUUGCUGGAGACACCGUCGCCAUAACCUUCGUGGGCUAUGCCGUGUCUGUGUCACUGGCCAUGAUAUACGCAGACAAGCAUGGAUACUCAAUACAUCCCAACCAGGAACUUCUGGCACAUGGAAUCUCCAACACUGUGUCCUCCCUUUUCACCUGCUUCCCUAGCUCAGCCACUCUGGCUACUACCAACAUCCUGGAUAGUGCAGGGGGAUACACACAGCUGUCAGGCUUGUUCACUAGCAUGGUGGUGCUAAUUGUGCUGCUGUUAAUUGGCCCCCUCUUCCACUUCCUGCCAAAGGCAGUGCUUGCCUGCAUAAACGUCACCAGCUUGAGGCAAAUGUUCCUGCAGUUUAAGGAUCUGCCAGAUCUGUGGAGAAUAAGCAAGAUUGAUUUUGUGGUGUGGCUAGUGACCUGGUUGUCAGUGGUGGUCCUCAACGUUGAUCUGGGCCUAGCUAUUGGUGUUGUCUUCUCCAUGGUGACAGUCAUCUGCCGGACGCAGAGGGCUGACUGCUCAGUGCUGGGAAGGGCUUCAAACACGGAGAUCUACAGGUCCAUUGAGAAUCACAGCAAGUGCUGCGAGGUGCCCGGAGUGAAGAUCUUGACCUACAAUGGGCCCAUAUAUUAUGGAAACCGUAGUUUCUUGCGGGAGGCCAUGACUCGGUUGCUGAGCCUGACACCGGAGAGGAUCCGGAGCAUAGAGAAAGCGAGGAAGGCUCGCGAGGGAAGGGACAGAGAUGCCAUCCCCACUGUGGAAAGUGGAGUAGCUAAUACAUCUUUUUCGUCUGAAAAUGAAUUCUUCAAAUCAGACAAUACUGCUGACAGUGAGGUUCAGGUGGUGCUCAUUGACUGCAGCAGUGUGAAUUUUGUUGAUGUUGCUGGAGCCAAGUUAUUCAUUCAGAUGUGUACUGAAUGCCAGAAGGUGGGGAUUCGCUUAUACCUGGCAAACUGUAAUGAGAGAGUGCUGAAGAUCCUGACCUCAAGUGGCCUGAUGAACUACAUGAAACCUCAGCACAUUUUCGUUACGGUCCAUGAUGCAGUGGUCUACAUUGAGCAGCAAAAGGAGAAGAUUCCAGAAGGCACCAACACUAUCUGGGUCUGAGGUGUCCCCUUCCCCAUCUGAUGAAUGCAGUCCACAGCCCGCAGGAAUAGAAUGAGAAAAAGGAACUUGUUUCCCUGUGAAAGAGCAGGACCUUAUAAACUUUACAGCACCUUCAGGGAUACCUGACCAGGGGAGGAUCAGUGCAGUCAGUGAAAUGUGGGAGAUUCCACAUGAAAUACCACAGUGUCACCCCUAGGGGGAGACCUACUGCUGCACAGCUCUGGGAAAUCCAAUCUCGGCUGAAGACAUGAUGUUGCAUGUAAAACUGUACAGCUAAAGUGUAGGAAAGAGUGCUACUUUAUGAUAUGCCUUGUGGUAUAUUAGUCAUCCUAUAGGGAUGUUUGAGUUCAGGAUAAAUGAGGCCACCUUUGCUGGACAAGAUAAACUGAGACUGUGGUUCUUUGGGCCGGGAAUAGUGCAGACUGCUCUCCACCACCGCAUACUGCCAGCAUACCUGUUAGAAAGCAAAGUGUUUCUCAUACAGAUUUGUGUCAAAAUAUGCUCCAAAACAUACAUGUAAGAAUGUGAGUGCAUUUAGUUCUGUCAAAGCACCAAAGUGAAUCAAGAUUAAACUUGUUUUUUCAAUCCUUUAAUCAUUAUACGUAGAUGCUACGUUACCUCUGCGCAUUAACAAUGUUCAUUAACUUUUCUGUAUUUCACAUUCUGAUUUUAAAAUGUACAUUUUCAAUAAACAUGCGUUUUACACA